AUGUGGUUCCGGUUCAUUAGUUUGGAUUGCGGGUUGCCCCUCAAUGAACAGUCUCCAUAUACCGAGUCAAGAACUGGACUACCGUAUUCAUCAGACUCAAGCUUUAUCCAAACUGGAAAGAUUGGUAGGAUUCAGCGAAAUCUUCAGGGAGAUUAUCUAAAGCCCCUAACGACAGUUAGAUACUUCCCAGACGGUAUACGCAACUGUUACAAUAUUACCGUGAAGCAGAGAACCAACUAUUUGAUCAGAGCUAGAGCUGUAUAUGGGAAUUAUGACGGUCAAAAUCUUCAACCUAGAUUUGACUUAUACAUAGGCCCUAAUUACUGGGUAACAAUAGACAUUGGAGAAUAUGUCAAUGGUACAUGGGAGGAGAUCAUUCACACCCCUAGAUCAAACAUUUUGAACCUAUGUCUUGUCAAGAUAGACACGACUACACCAUUUAUAUCAUCCAUUGAAAUAAGGCCACUACCAAAUAACAGUUACAUCACUACGGCUGGUUCGUUAAAGAUGUUUUCGCGGUAUUAUUUAAGCAGUUCAAAAUUUCCUCUAAGGUAUCCGGAGGAUGUCUAUGACAGAGUAUGGUUCGCUUAUACAGAGAAAGCCUGGAAGCAUAUAUCCACCAGCCUUGCUGUGAACACUUCCAAUUUAUUCCGUCUACCUCAGGAUGCUCUAAAAACCGCUGCAAUACCAGGAAAUGCUAGUGCGCCAUUGAUAGAUUUUGAGUAUCCAACCUCCGCUAAUGACAAAGUCUACAUUUACCUUCACUUUGCUGAGGUUGAAGCCUUGCGAGCCAACGAAACUAGAGAGUUCGACAUUUCAUUGAACGGAGAACCCAUAGAAUACUCUUACACGCCUUUAUAUCUGCAGUCCCAAGUGUUACGCACCCCAUCUCCAGUUAUUUGCCCAAGCAAAGAAUGCAUCAUAACGCUGUCGAAAACAAGCAAGUCUACACACCCACCUCUGCUUAACGCCGUUGAAGGUUUUGCCGUUGCCGAUUUCCGACAAGCUGAAACAGAUGAUAAUGAUGUGGUUGCUAUUAGAAAAAUCAAAGCUGCCUAUGGAUUGAGUAUGAUCUCAUGGCAAGGUGAUCCAUGUGUCCCUCGAGCGUUUUUGUGGGAUGGCCUAAAUUGUAGUGAUACGGAUGCGUCUAUACCACCAAAGAUCACUUCCUUAAACUUGUCUUCAAGAGGAUUAACGGGAGUUAUAGAAGAUGGAAUUCAAAAUCUUGCACAUCUAGAAAAGUUGGACUUGUCAAAUAACAGUUUGACUGGAGAAAUUCCCGAGUUUCUGGCUAACAUCAAAUCAUUGUUGAUCAUAAAUUUGAGCAAGAACAAUCUGAGUAAUUCAAUUCCACAAGCUCUUCGUAAUAGAGAAAAGGAAGGACUGAAAUUAAUCGUUGAUGGUGAGAUAACAUGUCUAUCAUGUGUCCCGAAGAAGAAAUUUCCGUUGAUGGUUGUUGCACUGGUUGCUUCAGCUGUGGUAUUGGUUAUCGUAGUCGUUCUGGUUUUCAUUUUUGUGUUCAGAAAGAAAAAGACAACAUGUCAUGUGGAAGGUACAACUACUACCCCUUCAGCAGUUACGCCACGGGCAAAAUUCACACCCACUAGUGCGUCCGAAACAUCAAUUGAUACAAAAGAGCGAAGAUUUAGUCAUAAAGAGGUUAUGGAAAUGACAAACAACUUCGAAAGAGCUCUUGGUGAAGGAGGGUUUGGCGUGGUCUAUCAUGGUUAUUUGAACGGUUCUCAACAAGUAGCUGUUAAAGUACUUUCUGAAUCAUCAUCACAAGGCUAUAAACACUUCAAAGCAGAGGUUGAACUUCUUCUGAGGGUUCACCACAUAAAUUUGGUAAACCUUGUUGGGUAUUGUGAUGAACGAGAUCAUUUGGCUCUCAUCUACGAGUACAUGUCCAAUGGAGACUUAAAAGAUCAUUUAUCAGGGAAGCACGGUGCCUCUGUUCUGAGUUGGAGUACUCGAUUACGAAUAGCUGUCGACGCUGCACUAGGAUUGGAAUACUUACAUAUUGGAUGCCAACCAUCAAUGGUACACAGAGAUGUCAAAAGUACAAACAUUUUAUUAAGCGAGCAGUUAGAAGGCAAAAUUGCAGAUUUUGGUCUUUCAAGAUCUUUUCAGUUAGGAGAUGAGUCCCAUGUUUCCACCGUUGUUGCUGGUACUCCAGGAUAUCUUGACCCCGAAUAUUACAGAACUGGUCGUUUGGCAGAAACAAGUGAUGUCUAUAGUUUUGGGAUUGUAUUAUUAGAGAUAAUCACAAACCAACGUGUGAUUGACCAACAUCGCGACAAGUCUCACAUAAUGGAUUGGACUGCAUUUAUGCUUAAUCGAGGUGAUAUAACCAGAAUCAUGGAUCCUAAGCUUAAGGGAGAAUACAACUCUCGUUCUGUCUGGAGAGCAAUUGAGUUGGCUAUGUUGUGUGCGAACCCUUCUUCAGAAAAACGACCAAGCAUGUCCCAAGUUGUUAACGAACUAAAAGAGUGUCUUGCUUCUGAAAACUCUGUGAAAAGUAAGAGUCAAGACACAAACUCUCACAGUUCCUUUGAAAUGAGCAUGAGCUUUGACGCCAAGGCUGUGCCUAGGGCAAGAUAA